AUGGUAUCAGCUCAACCUCCAAACUUUUCCUGGGUGGAUCUUGGUGAGGUGGCAGGGCUGGCAGUGCCCCGAAUGACUGCCCACUAUCAAUACCUGCUUAACAACGGCAUCAAGCAUCUGGUCACCUUGAGUGAGCACAAGCCUCCUUACUAUGACACCUGUCCAGACUUGACUCUUCACCAUAUCAGAAUACAUGACUUCUGUGCUCCAACAUUUGGUCAGAUCAAGCGGUUCUUGUCUAUCGUGGAGGAGGCCAAUGCAAGAGGAGAGGGUGUUGCGGUGCGUUGUAUGCGUGGGUUUGGAAGGACAGGAACGAUGCUCGCCUGCUACCUGGUGAAGAGCUGGAAAAUCAGUGGAAUCGAUGCCAUUAAUGUGAUCAGAAUCAUUCGCCGAGGGUCCAUUGAAAUCAGAGAGCAGGAACCAAUUGUGGUGCAGUUGUAUCAACAAAACAAGAUUUAA